AUGGCGGCAGUCAUGUUGAGUCCCAAAUGCCUUUUCGUAGUGUGUAACGUCAUUGUCGUCUUCCUCAUCGGGGAGUCCAAGUUGUCGAGGUCCUACCAGUCAGCAGAUAUCUACGAGGAGUACAUGAAGAGUAAGGUGAAACUCGAACGGCAGGCCGAGGACGAAAGCAAGAAGGGACAUGUGACGGACAGGGCUUUGGAUGAAGAAGAUGACAGCGGAGGAGGAGAAGGAGAAGGAAUGGUGGCUGGGUACGAAGACCUGGAUGGAGAAGAAGAGAAGGACUCAAGUGAGAUAGACAAGAAAGCGACGGACUUCAUAGCAAGGGUCAAUUGGCAGAGGCGGCUUGAAGCAAGAAGUCUACUUCACUAA